AUGGCCUCUUCUCUCGCUGGAAUUUUGGAUUUAUCGGAGGACAGAGGAGAACUACGAGAUGGCGGUGUUGACCAGGCGGACACGAUUAUCGCCUCGAUGGGGAGCAGCUUCGCCGAUAUGAACAACAUGAUCAGCGAGCAACUCAACCAAGACUUCGAGAUCGCCAACUUGCUUCCCUACGGAAAGUUUAUCAGCGAUAUUCUCGGCCUUGCCGUGGGCUACUAUUCCUUCGAGACGUCCUGCCGCGGAGGGGAGGCUUACCUCGUCAACAGCGCCCCAGCUCCCAUCCACUCCUUGCCCCCGAAUCCGUUCACGGGCAACACGAAAGACAAGGACUGCUUGUUGGAGUGCAUAAGUGCCGUGACUCCCGAGGAGGAGGAGCUCAAAAGAAAGGACCUCUACGCCAGAUUCUGCAGCAAAUACCGGAACUGCGUGGCGCCGAAGGAGUUGUUCCUCUGUGUAGCGCGGCACAACGGUCAGGUCCAACAGCUCCUCGCCAUUAUCGACGACGAGAUUGAGAAACCUCAGGAGUACAAGCUCAAGCCGAUAUUCAAGACGCGAGCGGCUCGUCCUUCACAAGUUCCGAAGGAUUCUGGCCCGCUUGAACAACUCAUGGUCGCCUUGAGCAAAGGAUGCGGUAAGGCACGCUGA